AUGAGCAUUCUUAAAAAAACAUUUCAAGAUGUGAAAUCACGCCUGUGGAAAGAUAAGUUUGAAGAGCUAGAUGCUGAGGAUGAGGAAACCUUUGGACGGAUACCCUUCCAGAUUUGGAAUGUAAGCAAGUUCAGUUCAUGUGCUGAUGCUGCAAUUGUUGGUCUGAUGCCACCUCCCUUGUUAGAACUUCAGUCAAGUCAGCGCCACUACUGUGCCAUCACAGUUGGAGAGGAUGCUGUAGUUUCAGCAUAUAGACUAUCAGAAGAUAGAAGCAGGUCAAUUGUUGGAGCAAUUUUGUCAAGAGGUGUAGCUGCAACAUUUUCGACAAUAUCAUCUUUGUCCAAAAUACUAUGGCGGAGUGAGCCAUCACCACCUAAAAAGUCAAGGCCAAAGCCUCAAUCCUUUGCAAAAACAUCACCCCUCACCUGCUUGAAAGACUCCCCAAGGAAGGGAGAACGGCUUACACUCUCACCGAGUGGUACGCUGGCUGCUAUAACUGAUUCACUUGGGCGGAUACUACUGCUGGACACCCAUGCCCUUGUGGCUGUACGGUUAUGGAAGGGCUAUCGUGACGCUUCAUGUGUAUUCGUGGAAAUGCUUCUGAACAAAGACAAGGCUUCGUCAAGGUCGAUGCACAUAGAAUACACAAAGAGUGACUAUUGUUUGUGUUUAGCAAUCCAUGCCCCACGGAAAGGAAUAAUAGAGGUUUGGAAGAUGCGGACUGGGUCACGCGUCCUAACCAUCCCAUGCCCCAAAGGAAGCAGAAUUUUACAACCCUCAGCGAGGCUCUCAACACAGUCAUUCUUAUCUUCCUAUUCCCCGCUGGAGGUUUACUUGUUCAAUGGAGACUCUGGGCAAUUGUCAGUUUUGAAUAGGCACAUUGGAUGA